GCCUGUGUAACAGCAUAACACUGAGCCAUCAUACAGGCAUCUCACCUGAAUGAUUGAUUGUCCCACCAAUGAAAGGAGCUAAUCUGAGAAAGGGGUGUGCUUAUGCAAAUAAGUGACUGAGAAACAUCGUGAUCCAGGUUUUGCUUAUUGCCCCCAAAUACCAGCUCGUCGUGACCAUCAGAGGCAGCUCAGGCACUAUUACAGAGGACAGAAUCAAGAUUCUGGAAGACAGUCACAGAGGAGGCUAGCUUCCAUUAGUAAGAAAUGGGAAAACCAAACAGUAAACUGGCUCCAGAGAUGCUACAGGACUUAGUUCAGAGCACAGAAUUCACAGAACAAGAACUGAAGCAUUGGUACAAAGGAUUCCUGAAGGACUGUCCAUCUGGUAUCCUCAAUCUGAAUGAGUUCCAGCAGCUCUAUAUUAAGUUUUUCCCAUAUGGUGAUGCCUCCAAGUUUGCUCAGCAUGCCUUUCGUACAUUUGACAAGAACGGUGAUGGAACGAUUGAUUUCAGGGAAUUUAUUUGUGCUUUGAGCGUCACAUCACGUGGGAGCUUUGAGCAAAAACUAAACUGGGCAUUUGAGAUGUAUGAUUUAGAUGGAGAUGGGAAGAUAACAAGGCUGGAGAUGUUGGAGAUUAUUGAGGCAAUCUACAAGAUGGUAGGCACAGUAAUUAUGAUGCGCAUGAAUCAAGAUGGUCUAACUCCACAACAAAGAGUUGACAAAAUCUUCACAAAGAUGGACAAGGACAGAGAUGACCAAAUCACCCUGGAAGAGUUUAAAGAGGCAGCAAAGAGUGAUCCUUCUAUAGUGCUCCUCUUGCAGUGUGACAUGCAGAAAUAGCAACCCAUCUAUUCUGACAGCUCAGCUGAGCGCCCUGCAUGCACCUCACUACCUUUCCCAUCCCACAGUGUCCUGGGACCAUCCUCCUAUUCAAUAAGAGAACAUCUCACACAGUACUGAUCUUAUGUAAGUGGGAAGUGGUAAAAAUAUGAUUAUUCAGUAAUGAGACUGUAAAAUACUGGCAUGUGGAACACACAUGCACAUGGAAUUGUACACAAAGCCACGUUGCGGGGCAAUUUGAUCCAGUACCAGAUUUGAGCUCUGUCCCAUAAUAUUUUUUGGAUUGAUAGUGUAGAUUUUAUGAACAGUCUAAUGCAUAUAUGUAUCUGCCUGUCUCUGCCAAUGCCUAAGCAUCAAAAAAAAAUGUUUUUACAGUUAUUCACAGUGGAAGUGUUUUAAUAUGCAUUCAUUUGUCUGCUAUAGAUUCUAUGUACAAUAGUAUAUGUUAUGCUUGAUACAUUAACACUGUCUGUCACAUAAUAUGUUAUGUGCUAUAGAGCUCUGCACGGGGUCGGCCACAGUCAUUUUGCUGCCAGAAGUGAUCACUGUUUCUUGGGAAAAACAAGUUCUGUCAAUGAUAUACGUAUACAUUCUGGCCUAUUGGAGGCCAUACCGGUGUAACUCAUUAUAAGGCUGCCUCUGGAUAUGCAGUGUAUUGCAUGUGCUUUAUACAGUAACUAUGUAUAUGGAAAUAUUUGCAUGUGACCUAUAUGGCAUACCUAUAUGCUGCUCACCAGUCUAUGUUAUAUAUAUAUAUAUAUAUAGUGCAUUGUCUUGUAUGUGUGUGUUUUUCAAUGUAAGUAAAUGGCAGAGACAACACAGUGCGCUGCAACAAACCUCUUCUCAAACAGAGCUAAGUGACCCACAGUGCACUGCAGAUGCAUGUAGCUGGAGUACCGCAAUACUGGCUGUUUGGAGAGACAGGUUCACAGUUUUAAUUGUAACAAUGGCCCUCAUUCCGAGUUGUUCGCUCGUUGCCGAUUUUCGCUAUAUUGCGAUUAGUCACUUACUGAGCAUGCGCAAGGUUCGCAGAGCGCAUGCGCUUAGUUAUUUAACACAAAAGUUAGGUAUUUUACUCACGGCAUAACGAGUAUUUUUCAUCGUUCUGGUGAUCGUACUGUGAUUGACAGGAAGUGGGUGUUUCUGGGCGGAAACUUGCCAUUUCUGGGCGUGUGCGAAAAAACGCUGGCGUUUCUGGGAAAAACGCGGGAGUGUCUGGGCGAACGCUGGGUGUGUUUGUGACGUCAAACCAGGAACGAAACUGACUGAACUGAUCGCAAUGGCUGAGUAAGUCUCGAGCUACUCAGAAACUGCUAAGAAAUUUCUAUUCGCAAUUCUGCGAAUCUUUCGUUCGCAAUUCUGCUAUGCUAAGAUACACUCCCAGAGGGCGGCGGCUUAGCGUGUGCAAUUCUGCUAAAAGCAGCUAGCGAGCGAACAACUCGGAAUGAGGGCCAAGAUUUCUGCGUUAAUUGUAAUUAAUUUCAGGCCCCAAAUGUGCCAAAUAAGAGGGUGAGCAAGCAGAAUUCUGCCCUGUGGUUGGUUUGCCAUAACUAAUAUGGGGGAAUUCUCUCAGGCUAUUUUUCCUCAUUCAGAGCUUUUCAGAUAUGCACGAGAACCCCUUGUCAGCACUUUAGGGCCUGUGAGCCCAGCUGUCCCCAUCACUGUCCCAGCAGAACAUCCCCAAUCCCUCACCUGCUCUGUGUGUGAGCGUAUAGUCUGAACAGUGCAAGUGGACUUGGUAUAUUUUUCUAAUUGAAAUAAAAUACAUCAAACAUUAUACAAAUUAUUUUUCAUUUUGGCUUCUAAACUUUAAAAGAUGCUUGUGCUGCUGUGUAAAAAUGAUGAAGAAACAUAACGUCAUACUAAUAUACUCCAGUACAAAGGUAGAUGUAGAUUUGUAUACUGUAUGUUUGUUGAUACAUGUGUCUAUAUAUACAUAGCUGUGCAAUAAAUUUGUGCAUACACAUUU